CUCUCUCUCUCUCUCCCUCUCCUGCCCCUCCCUCCUCCCUCUCCCAACCACCACCACCACCCCCCCAAAAAAAUGAUAAGAAGCAUUGUCACUUUAGCGUUUGUCAUAGUUGCUCACUUCUGACUUGCAGAUUGUAAAUUGGAGAAGCCACUUAAAGUUCCCUGACGAGGCAAAACUUUCUGCAGAAGCUAAAGAUCUUGUAAGCAGACUUCUCUGUAAUGUAGAGCAUAGACUUGGUACAAAAGGUGCCCAUGAAAUAAAGGCACACCAAUGGUUUAGAGGCAUCCAAUGGGAGAGACUGUACCAAAUGGAAGCUGCUUUUAAGCCGGACUUUAAUGAUGAGCUGGAUACUCAGAAUUUUGAGAAGUUUGAGGAGACAUCAGUGCCAGUUCAAACUUCUUCAAAGUCUGGCCCGUGGAGAAAGAUGCUUCCGUCAAAGGAUGUCAACUUUGUGGGCUAUACUUAUAAAAAUUUUGAAAUCGUAAAUGACCAUCAAGUUCCAGGCCUCGCUGAGCUGAAGAAAAAGAGUAAUAAGUCAAAGAAGCCAACAAUUAAAUCCUUGUUUGACAUGGAUUCAACAUCAAUUCCAAGUCCACAUAUUCAAGGUAGCUUCCUCAAACUACUCCCUACACAAGUGGAGAUGCCUGAAAGCGUAGAAUCAUCUUCUCACUCGAGCAGUUCUUCUCUAGACCAACCCCAUCCUCGACAAAGAUAGCAAGAAGCUCAACGAACUUUGUAACACCUGUACAACAAAGAAACUAAAGAAACUACGACAUUGCGCAGAACUAUUUUGUACCCCUCAAUCUGUACAUAGAAAAUAUAUGACAGUGGUAUCAGCAUGUUUACCUGUAAAUUUGUGGAUCCAAGUUCGUAAAUUUACUUUUGGAU